UCCAUACAAAAGCCUCAGCCCGUUCGACGCGUCUCCCAUCUCCCGCAUCGACGAGUUCUGCUCGAUCCCGUCUCCCCGCAUCGAAGCCGCCCAGACUGCGUGUCCGAUCCCGUCUCCCGCGUCGAACCCGCGUAUCACGUCUCCUUCCUCGGCAGCGAACGAGAUCCUCUCCUUCCGUCCGACUCGUCUCUACUGCCCGACAACAAGCUUCCCACCGCCUCUCUUCUUCACGACCAGACCGAUCUCUUUUGGAACCUUGUAACCCAAUUUGAGUAUUUUCCUGUUGACUUGGGGUUCUUGUUUUAUUACAUUGCCAAAGGAACUUGGUGGCUCUUUCCAAAGAUUGGCUUUGAAGGACUUAAUCUUCGGGAAUAUUUAGCACUUGGUGCAAUAUUUUCUUCUACAGAUACAGUUUGCACAGUGCAGGUUUUACAUCAAGAUGAGACUCCUCACCUCUACAGCUUAGUAUUUGGGGAAGGUGUUGUGAAUGGUGCUACAUCGAUAGUUCUUUUUAAUGCGAUUCAGAAGAUCAAGGCAUCUAAAAUUGGCGGUGGAACAGCUUUUUUUCUUCUUUGGGACUUCUUAUACUUAUUUUUGACAAGCACUAUUCUGGGGGUUGCCGUAGGGCUUUUGACUGCCUACACUCUAAAGACCUUCUAUUUUGGCAGGCAUUCAACUGACCGUGAAGUAGGUUUAAUGAUGUUGAUGGCUUACCUAUCUUAUGUGGUUGCUGAGCUAUUAAAUUUAAGCGGAAUACCUACAGUUUUCUUCUGCGGGAUUGUGAUGUCUCAUUACGGAUGGCAUAACGCCACUGAAAGCUCAAGGAUCACUACUAGGCAUAUUUUUUCGACCAUGUCUUCUAUUGCAGAAACAUUCAUUUUUCUUUAUGUAGGAAUGGAUGUUUUUGACAUUGAGAAAUGGAAAAUGACGAAAAUUAGUGUCAAGGCUACUGUUGGUGUCAAUUUUAUCCUCAUAAUUUUGGUGUUACUUGGACGCGCAACAUUUGUAUUUCCUCUCUCUAUUCUAUCAAAUUACAUCAGCUCGGGUCCUGAGAGGUUGAUAAUUACAUUUAAGCACCAGUUUAUAAUUUGGUGGGCUGGUCUCAUGAGAGGAGCCAUUUCGAUUGCUUUAGCAUUUAACCUGUUCACUAUUUCUGGAGUUACGUGGGACCCAGUUCAUGCAACAAUGAUCACAAGCACCAUUGUGAUUGUGCUUUUCACCACUUUGGCACUCGGCAUCUUCACAAAACCACUUGUAAAUAAGCUAAUACACCAAGCUCGAGGGAAGAGUGAACCACAAACCAGAGUUGGCAAAGAAGAUCCAACUGCUCCUCUUCUUUCCAUAGAAGAAUCUACGGAUUCCAGUCUUGUCAAAACAACAAGAAGCUUAGCACUCGGCAUCUUCACAAAACCACUUGUAAAUAAGCUAAUACACCAAGCUCGAGGGAAGAGUGAACCACAAACCAGAGUUGGCAAAGAAGAUCCAACUGCUCCUCUUCUUUCCAUAGAAGAAUCUACGGAUUCCAGUCUUGUCAAAACAACAAGAAGCUUAGCGGUUCUUUUGGAAAAUCCGAUUCACACAAUUCAUGUCUAUUGGAGAAAGUUCGAUGACGCUUACAUGAGGCCAGUGUUUGGUGGACCAACAAGUUCUCGAGGAGAACGGCGGUAA